UUUCACACGCGCGCGCUUUACUUCGACACGGACCAAUUGUCUCUAAUCGCUAUUCGCUAUUAAUAUUUUCUUCGGCCAUUGGCGGUACCUUCUUUGAUUGUUUUUUGUUAUUAUCGUGUUUGGUUUAUUAAUGAUUACUAAGGUUUCACCAUUUUUCUUGAUUCCAAAAUCUAAUGCAGUGUAAUGUUUUUCCGUUGUGUUAAUAUUUCGUUAUUUUGUUAUACAUUUUAUACAAUAUUUAACCCGAUGGACUCCUGUGUACUGAGUUUACUGCGUUUUCGUUGUAGUGAACGCCGCCACUGAAGCAGUAGCAAAUCCGAACAUGCCGUCAUCGCGGACGAAAGAUUAAAAAACAAUAAUUGUUGUUAGACUCGCAAUUGUUUUCAAAGUAAGCUUUAUAUUAACGUCCAAAUUACAUGCUGUAAAGUAUAAUAAAAAUAAUAAGUACCAGUAUAAAUAAAAUUUUAAGCACGUGCGUGAAUAACACGAUGAUGUUUCGAGGUUUAUUUCCGUUUGGGGAAUCCAAACACGAAUAAAUUAUUUAGCUUUAUAGGUAUUUGAAUUUAUAAUUGUGGUAGACAUUUAUACAAAUAAUACGCGUGAGUAAAUAAUAAUUAUACAUUUAUUUUAUUUUUGAUAAAAAACAUUACAAAAUUACUAUUUAUAAAACUAUGCAAAAAAUAAUACUAAUGGCAUAGAUAAAUAAAAUAAAUAAUUAGGGUAAUUUAAAAAUUAUCUGGUGGUAGGUAAAUUUUUGUUUUUUUUUACGUUUUAUAUUUUAAAUUGUGUAAUGGCAUAUACAUACUUGCUAAUAUAGUUUCCUGUUGGUAAUUUAUGAGUUUUAAUCUUUUAAAUAUCUAAGUGCAUUUGUGAUAUUUUAAAAAUUAGUUCGGAAAAGCAUUUUAUUUAAUAGUUAGGUAGUUAUGUUGUUUUAGUUUUAAACAUACUGAUUAGUGAUUUGGCUGUAAUUAUUGUAUACACAUUAAUAUGUCAUGAUUGUACAUGUUUUAAACAUGUUGAAAACAAUUAUAAAAUAAAAAUCCAAUUUAUAACAAAUUUAAUAUUUUACAAAUCUGGUUUUAUAUUACAGCAUAAUCUUGAUUAUACAAACCUAUUAUCCAAACAUCAAUACUAGUUAGUUGAUAUAUCUGAACGCUCUGUUAUCUGAAUGUUAUUAUAACCGGUAAACCAAUUUUAUUAUUAAAAUAUAAUCUACUUAAAUUAAAUUCAUGUACACUAUAUAUUAUAUUAUUUAAUAAUGUAAUAUAUAAUAAUGAAUAUAAUACAUAUUUUAAAAAAUGUUCAGUAUUCAAAUUGUACUUAUUUAAACUAGGUGCGGUCUCAAUUUGUUCAGGUAAUCCAAGUAACACCUUACUUACAUUUUAUUUAUAAUCAAAAAGGUAUCUAUUCUUCCCAUAGAAUGGUAUAAAUAAAUUAUACCAUUUAAAACGUAGUUUGUCUCCUCAGGGGGGUAUAUGAUGCUACGGGUUUAGCAAAUUUGGGGCCCCUGAGCUCCUACUGGUAGACAUCCCUAAUGGGUGAUUCCAGUAGGCAUAUGGUUAUUUUUUCUGUAGGUUGGAGGAAUCCACUUUCUAGUUGACCAUACUAUUCUCCCUGUGGGGGGGAUUAAAAUACCCCAUGAUACCCCUACCUGUUAUAAGAGAUUACAAAUGAGUUUGCAUCAGAUUGACAGCUGGUGUAAAAUUUAAUCUAAUUGUAUGAUGAGUUCUAAACAAAACUUUGGGGGAUUUGUUCAUCUCAGUUGUACGUGGAAUUUUAGGUGAGUGAAGUACGAUAAGUGUAUGUUGUUUGUAGAUGAUAAAGUUUUAAUAAAAGAAAGUCCGAAAUAAGUUAACAAUAGGUUUAAAGAUGAAGAGUAAAGCUUAAAGGGAAGGGACUAAGGAUAAGAAGUAAAACACUAUGAAUUUAUAGAGUAAUAGGACAAGACAACUAACAACUAUAAGCGGUGAUAUAAUAGGUGAGAUUGAGUUUUAAGUACCUACCUACCUAAGAUUUUUUAUAAAAAAACAAAGUGUUUUCCAUAUAAAAUGGAAAUACCUACCUUAAAUGUAGGUUUAAGUGUGGUUGAAUAAAACGGAAAAGUGUCUGGUAUUUUAUUUACAAGAGAAUUCCAACGAGACUUAAAGUUAAGUUCUACAAAAGUGUGGUAAGACCGACUAUGUUAAGUGGUUCAGGUUUUGAAUGGUAGAUAGAAAAAUAAUACAAAUAAUAAGUGUAACAGAAAUGAGUGGUAAGGAUUGUAAUGAAAAUGUACGCACGGUAAAAGAGAUAGAAAGGAGACUAAAGCAGAGGUUGUUCUAUUGGAUUGAAAAAGAUAUGAGGACAACUGGUGUAUGCAAAGUGGGAGAUUGAGUCAAGAGGAAGUUUAGAAUAAAGGUGGCCGACCUCCAAAUAGUUAGGAUGAUGUGAAGGAGAAGGAGACCGAGACCUAAAAUGUGAAUUGUGGCAUUUAGCUUGAAAUAUUUUUUGUUGUCUCUAAAAACCCCCAUUUUAAUAUGUUUGUGCCUAACUAAUUUUUUGAAAAUUUUAUUUUAAAAUUUCCAAAAAUGAUGUGAUGUAUCAAAGUAGUGGUUUAAGGAACAAUCAAUUUCAAAAGAGAUUAAAUAAGAUAACUGCUGUAAAUAUCAAGACUGUGUAGGUCAGCUAGUUUAUAAUAUAUACUUAACGAAAUAUACCAUAAUGAAUGAUAUUUUAUAAUGAUAAAAGAUAUUCAUAUGUUUGACAUAAUUUAAGUUCGUGAAUUCCUUUGAUUACUUAUUUCUAAGUUAUAAAGUGCAAAUACACAUUUAACACUGAUAAUUUUAAUCAGUAACUACAUUGGUGUACAAAAUAUUAAUUAUAUACCAAAAAUAAUCAAAAUGUGGCUUUUAAUUUAUUAUACAAUGUUAAAACACUCGUUUUUAUUAUUUUGAGGAAAACUAUUUUUCAUAAACUUUACUUACAUAUUGACAUAAAUGUUCUAAUAUAGAUAAUUAUUAAUUUCAUUUACAGAAACAUGGAAAGUUCCCAAGAAACUGUUGUUCAGUGUGAUGUACCUGGUGUGCAAGAAGUACCACAACAGUUAUUAUCUCUUGAGAACCAUUGUCAAUUAGCAGAAAAUCCAUUGCCUACUAAUUCCCCGAAUGAUACUAUAGAUUCUCAAAAUAUUUCAGAUCAAAAUAGUAAUAGUGGCAAUCCAACAUCUGUUGAAACAACUGAUGUUAUUUCUCAAGAUGUAAAUGAUGCAACUGAAACUAGUUCGGCCGUUUCUACUGAUAACUCUAUGCCACCCCUUCCUCCGCCAUCUAAAGAUAAUAAAGGACAACCCACAGGACAGUACUCAGCUGAUUAUAAUAUGCAAAAUUAUGCUAACUAUAAUUACAUGUAUAACUAUAACAACUAUUAUGGUUAUCCAUAUCCACAAUAUCAAUGGGAUUACAAUAGCCAACAGUAUUAUCAGCCGUAUCAAAAUUAUUAUAAUUAUAAUUAUAAUGCAAAUCAAGCACAAACAGCAUCAAGUAAACCUCCUCCUCCACCACCAGAUGCUGUACAGUUACCGGUUGAAGAAAAACCAACUAAUAAAACCAAUUUGUCUGCUGUUGAUGAUUCUAAUAGGUAACAUUUUGUAAUCAUUUUUAAACAUAACAUACAAAAUUAAUACUUGCUUAUUAAAAUUGUAAAAUUACAGAUAUUCUCCAACGGCAGAAACUGAUGACGACGAUACUAUGAAAGGCUGGUCAGAAAAUAAUAAAUCUGAUGGUCUUAUUGAACAAACAAUAUCGGUUACUACAACACUUGCAAAUUCUGUUUUGUCACAAACUGUGUCAUCAGAACAAAUUGAAAUUGACAAACAAAAAAUGACAAAAAAUAUUGAAAAUAAAUUACUCCAACCAACAUUACUGACAGUUACACAAAUGCAACCACAGCUUGUUCCUGUUGUUCCUCAGACACAACCAUAUACCAUUCCAAUUCAACAACCCAAUUAUUUGAUUAAUCCACAAGUGGUUCAACAAAUGCUACCCUCAGAAUCGAACGAGUUAAUAAAUCAGCAUCAAAAUGUACCUGCACAAAAUGGUAAAGAAGACUCUACUGACAAAUUGUCAAAAGUGUCAUCAGUGUUAGGCAAAAAUCAAGCCAAAAAACGAUUGAUGGCAUUUUCAAUGAUGAAACAAAAGUUACAAGAACAAAACAAUUCAACCAACGACUAUCAAAAUUUAGAUGUUGGCGAAGGAAACGACGUAGAAUUUGUUCCAGAACUAAAUGUAUUUCAAACAGUUGCAAAGAAAAAAGUUGUUACUAAUAAAAAAGGUAAUGUUUUUAAGAAUUUGUAAACAUUAUUAAUAUUUAUUUUAUAUUUUUAUUUACAUAUUUAAGAUAAUUAUUUGUCUAUAUUUUGUUUCUUUAUGUUAUAGAAAAAUACAUAAUAAAUUAAAUUAUUGAUUUACUAUUUAUAUAGGUUUAUUGUGAUUGAUUUUUGCAUUAACAUUCAUCUACUCAGAUAAUAUAAAUAGUAAUUGUCAAAUUUUAAUUUAUUGAUUUGUGUCUUUGAAAUUAUAUUUUUAAAUUAAUUUAUUCAAUUGGAUUUUUUUUAGUGGCUAAAGUUAUCAAGGCUCAACAAACCAUUGAACAAAUAGAAGAAAUGAAAAAAGACGAACUGUUACAAGGAAAUAAUGCUGCAUUAUACCAACAACUUUUACGAAAUGGUGGUAAAUAUAGUUUUUUUUUAUUUAAUAUUUUAAAUAUAAUAAUAUAUUUUAUUAUUAUAAUAAUAUUAUUAUUAUACAGAGGUGGCCAAAAGUCGCGCAAAGCUUACUGUUUUGUAUGGAACGUGCGUUACAAAUUUGUUGUGCGACUUUUGGCCACCUGUGUAUAUUACUUUAUUCAAAUUAAAAAUGUAUGUAACUAUAUAUAUUUUGAUUAAUUGGUCAAUUUUUUAAUGGUUACUCCAUUAAAACCUAUUUACCUAUGUACCUAUUUUGAUUAAGAAAACUUAAUAUUUUAUAGAAAUUAAUGUUCGGUUUUAAUUUUUAUUUCUAAAUAGUAAUAUAAUAAAUAUUUUUUCUUUUUUUUAUUUGAUGAAAUAUUAACAUAAAGUAUUAUAUCUCGACAAUCAUUCUUAUAAAUUCCACAAAUAUUUAAAUUUUCAAACUAGCUUAAAGAACAAAACUGAUUAAUUGUUUGAUUAAUACUUCAUUACUAGAGGAAAGAGAAUAAGAUAAUAAAUAUUUAUUAACAUCAAUAAUAAAACAUGAUAAUUAAAAACUAUUUACCAUACAAAGCUUAUGUAUCUAGCUUAUUUUUUUAUUGUGAUCUUUAAUAAAUUUAGUUUUCUAUACUUUAUAUUUCUGAUUUCUGAAACUUUGUACAAUAAUACAUUGACAUCAUGUCUAAAAGUUUCAAGUUAUUUUAGAUUCUGAGUGUAGUGAGGAAUAUAUUAGUUUUACCAUGAUUUGUGCUUUAAUUUUAGCCAUAAUUUAUUAAUAGAAAGGGGUUUAUGGGUUGUAACCUUAAACUUUUCUAUAGCUAAAAAAAAAAAAAGUAAUGCUGAGGUUAAAACACUCCUGAUUAUGCUACUGAUAAUAAACUAUGAUUAAUUGUCUUACUAAGUUUGUAGUCCUGGGAAAUUUUCACCCACAUUACUUAUGUCUAUUUUAUAAUUAUAAUAAUUCAAUUAAAACCAAGAUGGACAUACUUCACACGCUGGGUGGGGGGGGGUCACUGUUAUAGGUGGGAAGUUGGGAAGGUAGGAUAUAGAGGGAUUUAAUGUUAAUCUGUACUCAACGACUAAUCUUUGGUAACAAAAAUUGAUUUUGAUCAGAGUUUGAUUAUACAUGUUUAAAAGGUAGUAUAUUUACGAUUUUCAUCAAAGUUUGAUAUUUAAAUUCUUAUAGUAAGAAAAAAAUAUUAUUAAUAAUAUUAAAUUCAACUUUUUCUUGUGGACCACUAAGUACAACUUAUAAUGAACGUUCUGUUAAAUUAUCAAGCAUAUUUUUGCUUGAUCUUACAAUUAUAUGUAUUAUGUAUUUUUACCUACUGAAUAAAUAUUAAGUAAAAAUGUGUAAAAUUAAAAUGUCUUAAAAAUCGCUCAAAUGUUUGAACAUUUUAUAAAUGACAUGUAUAAGGUUUCUGUAAACAUUUCAAGUCUCUACAAAUAUUUUUCACUGAAUUACAACAACAAAAAAAAAAAAAAAAACUGAAUAUAAUAAAAACAUUAUUUUUAUACAUUUUCCUAUUUUUUCCCUAUAAAAAAAAAAUUACUUCCCUUAAGUAUCACCCCAGGAAAAUUCUCUUUCAGGAAAAAUGUUACACUUGAAAAUUGGAGCGAAAUUUCUGGUAGAAAAGUUGUUUACAAAAAAAAAAAGCUGUAAUAUUUACAAUUUUCAAAUGAUAAAUUUCGUACAUUUACCCAUUUUUCCAAUUUAUAAAUUCCCUAAAGUACCACCCCAGGAAAAUUCCCUUUCAGAAUAACUGCUAUACUUGAUAUUUCGGAGCAAGAUUUCUGGUAGAAUUUUUGUACACAAUAUAAAAAAAUAAACAUCAUUGUAAAAUUAAUACGUUCCUUCGCUCAAAAUCUAAAAUAGUUAGUAGGUCGACAAUUAAUGAAUUAUUUAAAUUUAAAUUUUUAUAUUUUUUUCACAUUGGACUUUGAUAAUGAAAAACUUAUUAUUGAAUCAGUUUUAUAAAAUGUGUUAUUAAUUAACGAUUAAAUAUUAAAUUAAAUAAAUAUAAAUUAAUAAAUCCUUUCAUAACUCAGACUCCAAGCACAUUACAAUGGUCAUCAAAUUGAAUUGUUAUUAAUUUAUAUAAAAAUAUUGUUAGGUUAGGUUGACCACAUAGAGUGACUAAGUUAUCAUAAUAUUCUAUGGUUGACUAAAACGAUUUAUCAAAUCAUAUAUAUUAUGUAAAAGCGUGUGUUUGAAUUUUUAGUGAAUGUCCUCAACCCAGUUAAAAUGCGAAUAAAAAAAUAAUAAAUUUAGUAAUAAAUUAAUAAGAAUUUGGUCAUAUCAACCAUUAAUGACAACCAUGACAUACGAAUCAUGUAAUGUGUGCGAAUCUAUUGAAAAAAACAUUUAAUCAUAAAGUUUAAACAUCAACCAUUCCAACUACUGUAAAAAUUGAACAUGUCCGAUCACUUGUGGAAUUUUUUGUGUGUAUACCCAUUUAAAUUUCUGUUAAACUUUGAUGUGAUUAAUAUGCUUAAUGUGUACUUAUGUUAUUUAGACUCUAUUAGCCAUUUAAAAUUUACUCCAAUUAUUCGCUUACCCCAUUUGACCUUACCAGAUUUGUCUGGUAACUUAUUGGGAGAUUUUUUGGUGUCCUAGUUUCACCCAGAGUCGUGGUCAUUUUGGAAAACUAUUGGGUUUUAGACACAUUUUAGAGCAACUGACGUAUGAAUAUGUGAUACUGUUCAAAAACUGUUUAUUUACUUUUUCUUCCUAUAAAAUGUAGACUUACUGAUAGCUGAUCGCAAUUCACGAUCAGUAAAAUAAGUAUAUAAGUACCCAACUUUCUAUAUGUAUAAUUUUCAAUAGCUCAAACAAUUUUAAACAUACAUAAACAAAAAUUAAUAAUUAUUUUUAUAUAUAAGUAAAUAUCAUAAAACGAGAUAAAAUUUAAAGAGUUAUUUGAUUUAUGUGUAAAUAAUAACAAUGGGUGUGAAUUAUUGAAUUCAUUUUUCUUGUAACUUAUUUUUUUUGUUUUGUUUUCAAAAAUUAAAGCUAGAAUUAGAGCUGACUGAGUGACUAUAGGCUGUUUUGUGGAUUUAUCAGAUUUAUUUACUAACCACUUAAAAUCCAUUUUAAAAUAAGUACAAUGCGUCUUAAAUAUGGAAUGUGUUGCUUAUUAACUUCUCUUAUGUUAUGUGCGUUCUAAUACUAAGAACGAGUAACGUAUAACUAUAAGUUAGUUGAUGAUGGAAACUCAGACUCGGUAGAUAAACCUUUCUCGGAUAUUUGGAUUAUCAGCAGUUGGUUAAAUAUUGUCUAUUGAUGUAUAAUUUUAUUUUACAUAUGUGAGCGAUGGGUUAACAUCAAAGAUUUCAAAAUAUAAUAUUGUAAUAUUAGUUAAUAAAAACGUAUUUUACGUUUUUCAAAUUCUGAGUUACUUACUAUGUUUUGUGUUUUUUCUUUUUGUGGGUUAAUCAUUUUUUUGUUAGAAUCUUCCUUCGACCAAAAACCUGACAAGAUAUCUUUUUUGUUGUAUUUUGGACCUUGUUGGUGUUUUUGGUAAUUUUUUGAUUUUGUUAAAAAAUCAAAAUUAUUGAGUAAAUGUAUAGGUAAAAUUAAUAAAUUUAUGGUGAUGACCAUUUCAUUAUUUUAAAUUAGUUUGAUUUUAGUUUCUACCUGUAAUCUUGUACUAAAGUUCAUGUUCUUAUAGCAUUUUUUCUUAAAGAAGAUUUUGUUUUGCUAGUUUUUAAGUAAGUUGUUUUUGAUUUUCUGUGUAGUUUUCUUCAUAAUUAGAAAAAACAUAGGAAAACUGGGAAAUUUUAAAACUGUUUUGUUAUUUUCUAUUUGUUUUUCUCUUUUUUGUUGUAAUUUGGUUAAAAACAUUCAUAAAUAUCUGAAAUUUGUAUUGAAUAUUUGUAUUAGUUUUUCUUAGAUGUUGCCAAAUUUUCUAUACAUUUUAGAGUUGUUUAUUUGUAAUUUUGAUUAAUUACAUUUUAUUCUAUCAAUAUUUAUACAAAAUUAAUGAAAGAAAAAGAAAAUGAUAAUUUAAAAUGUGGAGAAAUUAUCUAAAAUACUUUUCACAUGCUAUUUGAAUUAUUUGUAUACAAUUUGAAUAAAUUAUUAGGGAAUUCAGUUUGUUUCUUGUUUAUAGUUUGUGGUGUCAUUUUGUAAAAAUGUGUCACAAUUAUAUUUAUAAAGAAUUAAGAUAUCAGAGUAUUAAAGUUUCAACAUUAAUUUUGUAUUCCUUGAAUGUUAGGUGUUUAACACAUUGAACAUUAUACAUUUCACAAUAUGAAGAAGAAGAUAAAUACAUAUUUUGUGAUAUGUUACACAAAUAUUUCAAGUAGAGAUUAUUUUGUUUGUGCUUUCGAUUUCCAAACAUACUCCAUUGGUAGUUUGUAGAUGUCUGUUUUAUGGAAAUCUUACAGUCCUCAGUAGUAAAUUAAAUUAACUGUUAUGUGUUAUUUAUCAUUUAUUUGAUAUUUUUUUUAAAUUAUUAUUUUAGGUAAUGAAGCUCCUAUUCUCCAGAAACUUGGUAUUGAAUCAUUAGCAGAAAAAUAUUCAGCGAAGAUACGAGAACAGGACAAGAGAUUGCAGAGGCAUCACCAUCACAGACGUCGAGAUAAUGCUAGAAGAGGACACAAAUAUCGCCGUCAUUCUCAUUCGAAAUCCAGGUUAUUAUUUGCCCAAUUUUCUCUCCUAAGCACUAAGCACUAAGACUUUACUAAAUCCGAUGAUAAAUAUUUAGCGCAAAAGUUAUCCACAGAAAACAAAGUCCCGGGGCGUCAGCAUUGCUGCAAUAUUACUCUAUAAACUUUAGUGAAGGAAGCGCUGAGCACUUUUUGUACCUAUUUGAUAUUUACAUUAUCAUUUAAAUAGAGGUAUAUUAAUUACCCGAAAUUAUUGCAACUUAAAAUUCACGUUGUCGUGGCUUUUUUUUUUCUUUUAGGUCUAGGUCCAAGUCAGCAGAGAAGCCUAAAAUGCGAGCAUUGGAAGUAAAGAAUUGGAAAGAUUUCAUUAAUGGUGGAUUUCAGUUUGGCAAGUUUCGCAGAUUCAAAAUUGAUGAAACUGAAGAAAUGAAAGGAAAAGAGCGAAAAAAAUCAAGAACAAAGAAAAGACAUGGCGUUUCUCGAUCAGAUGGAAAGAACCAAAACACUGAAUCUCUCAUGUGAGUUUCCAUAUUAUUUUUAUCUCAUGACAGUAUAUUUUUUAUUUUUCUCUCAAAUUUUCAAUAUAAGUAAAAUAGAAUUUGAGUUAUAAAUAUAUAAUUUGGCAUAUUUACAAUCCAUAAUUUGUAGCAUGGAGAAGGGAUUUUAAUAUAUCUGUGGUAUCGAAAAUUAAGUGGGUGGGUGUAGUUUGAUAAGAAGAACCUUUACAGUAAUUAAUAUCAAUACAUGGAUUAUCACUAUUUAGCAUAGACCUUAUACUAAUAGACGAGCUUUUUGUAUAUUGCAGCCAAACAUAAGACUAAGAUGCAAUAAAACUUGAAAUUAGAAUUACUAUUUGAAGAAAGUAAUAUAAUAGUAUGUUAUCAAGAAUUUUGUUAACAACAAAAUAGUUAACUAUUAUUAUUGGUUUUUGUAUAAUUAUUGUGGUUUAGUUAAUUAGUUAAUUAUUUAGUUUACCCCAGUUAAAAAACUUGUGUUUUUAAACAAAGAUAUUCCGGGUACCCAUCAAAUACUUAAUGGCUAGAUACUCUAUAAGUUUCAAUUACUGAAACAACUUUUUUUAUAACACAGUUGUUACCCAUUUUUUUAAAUCUGGCAUUUUUAUAACUAAAAAUAAUUUAAGAUAUUGUUAAUAAUAAUUAAAAAUAAUAUGUACUUAUAUGAUGUAGGAUAAUUUAUUAUACGCUCUAUUAAAUUAUGUGAUAAGAACACCUUAAUUUUAUAGUUAAAGGGAUCUGUGCAAUAAUGAGAUAAUUCCAUUUUUAUAGCUUUUCAGGAGAAAAUUUGUAUUUAUAAAAAAUUAAUUUUAAAGUCUAUUUAGAUACAUUAGACCAUGAUAAAAAAGAUUUUGUAGUAUUUGAUUUGAUUUUCAUAAUUACUUUGAGAUGAGAUUUAAUAUUAACCUACAUUUUAUGGAGUUUUCUGGUUUGUUGCCUGGUAAUUAAUAAUGCAUAUUUUAAUACUAAAAAACAUUAUUAUUGAUUAAAAUUUCAUGAAAUUUAUUUUAUUUAUUGAUGUAUAAUAUUAUGAAUCAUUUUUCAGAAAAAAAAAAACAAUUAUACUUAAAAUAUUUAACUUUAUAUACAAAAUACCUAUUACCUACAUAUUUUACAUUAUCAUUUAUUAUUAUUGUGUAAUAGGUAUUUGAUAAGAGUAAAACUGAUUAAUUAUUGACUGUACAUAAAACACAUAAUAAUAUUGUACCAUUUUCAGUGUUGAAAACAUUUCCGAGCAUAAACCAGAUAACUAACAGACAACUUCUUUUUCAUUAUCUUCUAUACAGGUGGUGUGAUUUACUUCGUUCUUAUACAAAUAUAUUCGUAAUUUUAAUCCGCUAAAACCCCAUUUUUGAAAAAAAUAGAGUUGUCUCGUAAUUAUACGACGCCCUUAAAUUGUGCAUUAGAUACUUAGUCAUUAAGAACCGUUUUCUAUUCUAUUUAGUCAACUAUCAAGUAUUGUGUAAAUAAAUGUGUAUAUCAUUUUUCAUGAGAAAACCAUGGAUAUCAAUAUUAUUAAUCAUUUAACAUAUUUUAAUAGAAUCAAUUUUUUCAAAUAUCAAAUUUUAGCAACACAAUUGGUUAUAUAUUGUGUAUCGUUGUCAAUAAAUGUUUGUCAUGCCAGUUUGUUACCUAAACAAUCUGUAUUGACUUAAUCAUAAGUGCAUUUAUGGUUAUAUUAAUAAGAUUGGGUGUUGCUAGAGUAUCGUCAAGUGAAAAUGAUUUUAUUAUUGAGAUUCUUACUAUGUUUUUAGGUUUGAAAUAAAUAUUAUUAAAAUCGAAUAAAAACAAAUAACAUUAAAUUGUUCAAAUUGUAAUAUUUUUAUAUCAGGGUUGGAACGGAACACAGUAUAAAUAUUGUAUAAAACAUAUAUUAUACGCAUGUUAUGUAUAAAUCACAAAGUCUAAAACUACUUUGUUUUCUAUGUUUUAUACCGUGUACAUUUGUAUUAUGGCUGUACUGAACAGCAGCUAUCAAAUAUAAUUUAUUAUAUUAAUUGUUAAUACAUUUAUUUUCACAUUAGUAUUUUAAAAAUUUAAACAAUGACAAAAAUAAACAUUUGUUAUAUUUUAAUUUUACAUUAAAAUGAAUUCACAAAGAUAGAUUUGAUUUGUAUUAAUUAUUUAAUUAAUUUAUGUUUUGGCUUUGAUGUGUAACUGAGACAGUAUUAUUUUUAAAGUGUGUUUAUUUACUCCUUUUUUAUUUAGGUUUUGAUACUUAUACAAUAUUAUGUAUAGGUAUAUAUUACAAUACAUAAAAAAGUUAUCCAAAAUGUUGAUUGAUAUUGGUUAAAGAGAUGCAAAUUUUUCAUUCGGUAGUACUAAAACUUAAUUUGAAAAUAAUUCGUAAAUUCCUAACAGUUUCUAUGAAAUAAAAAUAAAAAUUUCGAAAUAUUGUUUAUAUUUUUGUUGAUUUAUAGAUUACCUUGAAUAUAGAGCAAAAAAAAAAAAACUAGAAGUGUUUUUUUCACUUGAAAUGAUUUAUUGUUGCAUACUAUAUAAUUUAAAGUAAAUUACUUUUAUCCUAUUUUCCUGAAUUACCCUAUCUGUUACAGUGGCUUCUCCAUGGGCAUUAUUAAUUUUUUAUUUUAAGUUUUUGAUUAUUUUGAUAUUCAUUGAUAUUGGAAUUAAUUAAGAAUUCUAUGCAAAAUUAAUAUCAUUAACUAUUUCAACUGAAAUUCUAUACAUAUCAAAAUACUCUUACUGAUCAUACGCUCAGCUGUGCUUGAAAUUUCAAAUACAAAUGUUUAAUUACUAAUUAGUAUUUUGAAUUAUGUGCAUUCCAAUUAAUAUCUGCAGGGUUGAAGCCUUAUAUUUUAUUUGUUUUUAAUACUUCACCAGGUGUAAAACCAAAUUAAAUAUAUUCAUAAAAUAAAUAUUGUAUGUAUCUCUGUAGAUAUAUUUUAAUUUAAAAAUUAAAAGAAGUAAACUUUUUGUACAGAACAUAGGUAUUAAAUUAUUAUUCAUUUUUAAAUUUAUGGUUUUUUUUUAACACAUUGUCAUUGACUAACAUGCAAUAUAAGAUUUAAUACUCACUAAAUACUGGGGUCUAGUUUCUAAUUAACAGUUUUAAGUUUGUAUUUUAUUUAAAAAUUUACAUUGCACGGAGAAUAGUGCUAAAAUGUAUAAAAAAAAGUAAAAAUAUAAAAAAAACCACCCAAGUUUCAUUGGAAAAUUAGAGUAUCCUAUAAAAUGUUUAAUAUAUUUAUUCUGAAUUAAAAAAAAACCAGUUAGUGUUAAUUAAAUAGGUACUAGUUUAUUAGAUAUUUUAAAGAUUGAAAUAUUUAUUUUUAUUUUUUUUUACUUUUGUAGAUCAACCGAAACAGAAAAAGAAAAUUCUGAUCAGAAAUCUUGUUUCAACAUAUUAGAACGCAAAAAAGAAAUCCUGAAGAGUUUUGAGGUGAUAUCACUAGAUGGAGAAUGUACUAAGGAUUUUCCAAAUUCUAUCAUUCGGCAUACUAAAACAAAACCAUUUUUAAAGUAUAGUGAAAAUCCUUCUAAAGCUACAUGUCAUCUACAAAAUAGACAACAAAUGUUAGCCACACUUCUGCCAGAAAUUGAAACAAUUGUUAUUAAUUUUUUAUCAUCAAUUAAACCAAAAAAGUAAGAAUUUUAAAUAUAACACAAAUAAUUGGUAAUACAUUUAAAAAUAUAGCUAAUAUAUUAUUGAUAAUGAUAGAAAAUAUAAAUAUAUUUUGAAAUUAUUAGGUAGUUUGUCAUAAAUAAUUAUUUAUUUAACUUCUAAAUAUGUAUUAAAAUAAGUAAAUAACAAAUGAAUAAUUCAUAGGUAUUAAUUAUUUUUACCUAUUUUUUGUUCUAGGAUAAAAGAAAAUUUUAUUGAAGAUGAUGUUAAUAGUAUUGAUGAUAAACUCCUAGCUAUGAUGAAAGAUACAAAUAUUUAUCCAUUUAAAGGAUGGUGGCCAAAAACAUGUUUUAUUGUUACUCAAGUAAAAGAAGACCCAAAUGUUGAAGUAGAUAAAGACGCAUUAAUUAUUACUACAAGUAAACGAACUAAAAAAUCUAGAUUUAAUAAUGAUGAUGAUACAUCUUUGGUUGAUUUGAGACCUACUGUUCCAUCAAAAUGGGAUAGUGAUUAUGAUGGCAGUCCAGUUGCUGAUAAAGUAGUAGAAGUUACUGAAGUUCCUCAAAAUUUAGAAAUUAUUAAUGAUAACGUAAGUAUGGUUAUUACAGAAGAGGACAAUCUUCCAGUUGUCAUUCAUCAAGAAGAAGCAAUGGACACCACAUUUGAUAUUGGUAAGGAUGAAUUGAAAAUUGACGUUGGUGUUAAUCAAGUUAUACCUAUAUUAUCUCACCAAUCACAAGAUGUUUCUAAAUUAAAUAAUGAAUAUGUAGAGUUUUUGAAAAUUGUUGGUGUUGACAAAAUAGAUGAAAAUAUUAAAAAUGACAUGUCUAAUACUAGUGCUAGCACUGUAGUUGAAAUGGAGAAUGAAAACAAUUUAUCAAUAAAAUCAAAUUUGUUGCAAGAUGAAUCUGCGCAUGACGAGUCUGUACAGGGUGAUUCUGUUCAAGACGAAUCUGUACAAGAUGAGUCUGAAGAGGAUACAUCAAAUAAAACUUCAGAUGAAUCUGUUUCAUUGCAUAAUGUGUCUCAAAGAACAAUUGAUAUACCAUUUGCUGAACAUUUAUCUUCUGAUAAAAAACUUAAAAAAAAAAAAAAAUCUCUUCAUAAAAAAUCAAAAAAAAUGAAGAAAAAAGGAAACAAAAAAAAGAGACGUAGUAAAUCUAGUUCCAGUGAAAGCUCGCAAGAUUCUGAAUCAGAAAGUGACAGUAGCUCAGAAAAUAGUAUGUCUGAUACAUCUAAUUCAAGUUCUAUUGUAGAAAAAAAGAAGAAGAAAAAGAAGUCUAAAGAUAAAAAAAAAAGGAAAGAUAAAACUAAUUACAAGAAAAAACACAAGAGUGAUAAAAAUAAGAAAUUCGAAAAUGAAAAAGAUAGUAAUAGCACUAUUAUAAAUUUACUUGAAAAAGCAUUAAAUGUUGAGAUAAAGAAAAGACCACUUUCAGAUAGUGAGGGAUCUAGACAAAAGAAAAAGAAGCGAAAACACAACAAAAAGGAUGAUAAAUCAAAUGAAAAUAAUGAAGAUAAUUUAGACAUAGUUAAAGAAUGUUUGAAAGAAACAUUUACAAAGUUAGUAAAAAAUGAUAACGAUCAGCCAUGUAACGAAACCACAGUUAAUAAAGUUUUAAAAUAUUUCAACAUGGAUAAAGAAAAAGAAAAGAAAAAUAAGAAAUCAAAGAAAAGUUCAAAACGAAAAUACGAUUCAGAUAUAUCUGAACACAAUAAAAUAUCUAAAAAAUCUAAAUUAGAUAAUAGUUUGAAAUUUGAAAACAUUGAAAAGAAAAAGAAAAGUAGUAAAAAGAAAAAAAUGUCAGAGAAAAAAUCUUUGAGUAAUAAUAGUGUAUCAAAAAAAAAGACAAAAAAGAAGUUAAAGCUGACUACUGAUACUUCUGAGACUGAAGAUGGAGAAGAAUCAAAACAUAAGAAACCACAAAGUGAAGAAAUUGAGAAUUUUUUUGGACAGCGACCCAAUGAGUGGAACGUGAAUAAUAGUUCCAUGAGGGGAGUCGUCCAUCACUCGGAUACAAAAAAAAAUGAUAAAUCACCUAAAAAAAGUCAGUUAGAUGAAAAUUCAUGUUCUUCAAAAGGCAACAAAAAUAAAAAAGAUGAAAAUUCUAAAAAAAGUAAAAAUCUUUUGUUACUAGAUAAAUUCGAAACGGGUAGUAAACAAGAAAAUAUGGGAAAAGCUUUGGAAACACAUGAUGAUAGCAAUGUUUUUGAUAAUAAAUCAAAAAAUGUUAUUGGCAAAAUAAAAAAAAAUACUGAUUUGGAGGACAAUGAGAAAAAUAUAUCUUAUACCAUAUCUGAGCAGUGUGAUAAAUAUAUAUUGAAACACAGAGAUGAUCUUCCACGAACAAUGUUAUUAUCAACAAAUAAUGAUUAUAUUGAGGAGGCAGAUCGAAGUAAAGAUCCUAACAAUAUUACAAAACCGAUGAUAAGCAAAUCACUUGAUCAAAAUGGUAAAAAAGAAUUAGAUGAUGAAGAGGUUAAAAUAUCUAAAACCAUAUCUGAUCAGUGUGAUAAAAAUAUGUUGAAACAUAGAGAUAAUCUUCCACAAACAAUGUUAUUAUUUACAAAUAAUGAUUAUAAUGAACAGAAAGAUUGUAAUAAAGAUCUUAACAAUUUUACAAAACCCACUGUAAGCAAACCACUGGAUUUAAAUGAUAAAAAAGAAUUAGAUAAAGAAAAAGUUAAAAUAUCUAAUACGAUAUCUGAUCAAUGUGAUAAAAAUAUGUUGAAAAAUAGAGAUGAUCUUCCACAAACAAUUUUAUUAUCAACAAAUAAUGAUUAUAAUGAACAAAAAGAUCAAAAUAAAGAUCCUAGCAAUUUUACAAAACCGAUUGUAAGCAAACUAUUAGAUCUAAAUGGUAAAAAUGAAUUAGAUGAUGAAGAGGUUAAAAUAUCUAAUACCAUAUCUGAUCAGUGUGAUAAAAAUAUGUUGAAACAUAGAGAUGGUCUUCCACAAACAAUGUUAUUAUCAACAAAUAAUGAUUAUAAUGAACAGAAAAAUCAAAAUAAAGAUCCUAGCAAUUUUACAAAACCGAAUGUAAGCAAACCAUUGGAUUUAAAUGAUACACCUCCUUUAACUACAUCCGUUAAACCAUUAAUUUCUUCUGGAGAAAGUAUGUCUUAUCGGGAGAAAGUGAAACUGAAUUUAAAAAAAUUAUCAACUUGCCAAUAUAAUAUACCACUUGUAUUUGGAUUUGCUUCACCACUUAAUUUAAUAGAAUCAAAACAAUUAGAAUUUGAAGAAAUUAAUAAAUCACCUAAAGCUUUCAAAGAAGAAGUAGCUGAUGAUUCAAAAAGUUUAAACUUUGUUGAUAGUCCAACAAUUCUACCUGAGCAAAGUCAAAGUAAAAAACCUAAUGAAGCCAAAAUAUCAACACCUAAAAUUGAUAUGGAAGCAAAUAAUGAACUAGUUAUGCAAAACUUAAAUCGUGUUUACUCUGACACAUAUAAUAAACAAUCAUCUACAAGUGCCAAUAUAGAAAAUGCAGAGGAAAAUGAACAAAUUGAAUCUAAUUUAUUGGAACAUGACUCGUUAGAUUUAAAUGAUGUAUAUAAAACAUCAAAUGAUUGUGAAUUAAAAGGACUGGAACAUACACUAGAUACAACAGAAUCAAGUAGUAGUUCAGAUGAAGAAAAUAACAAAGAAUUUUGCCCAGGCUUUGAAAAUACUAUUGCUGGUCCAGAAAUAACUACUUCAGCAGAUUUAUCUAAUUUGAGCAAACCUGAACAAAAUUUUGAUGAGUCAUUAAACUCUGUGCAAUGUCAUAAUAAGUUUAAUGAGGUGUCAAAUAUUAAUAAUAAAUUAGUUAUGAUGUCUCCGUCCUUGGAGGUAAACGGUUCUGAUUGCUUACACAAUUCUAGUAUCGAUCUAGAAAAUCCACAAAUUGAUAAUGAAUUAAUCACUCAAUGGAUGUCAGAUUGGAGCAUGGUAGUCAACGCGCCUGUGGAAAUCAAUAACUCAAAUAAUUUUAGAUUAGAUAAUCCUACUAUUGAUUUACAAAAAGGAAAGAAAUCUCGUUGGGAUGAACCACCUAUUUAUGAACAAGUAAACUAUAAUGAGACAAUAAGCAGCAGUUAUACAACUAAAGAUUUUGAUAAUGAAUAUCGUUCAUCUAUUAUUGAUAACUUAGAAGAACAAAAUUGUACAAGUCAAUCACCACUUAUUAAUGAACCAUCUAAUUACAACCAAGAAAAACACAACCAGAAUUUAAGCAAUAGUUAUACAACUAAAGAUUUAAAUAAUGAAAAUCUUUCAUCUAAUAUUGAUAAUAUUGAUGACGACUAUUGUAAAAGUCAAUCAGAACUAAUUAAUGAAUCACCUAAUUAUGAACAAGAAAAAUAUAACAAUACUAUAAGCAGCAGUUAUACAACUAAAGUUUAUAAUAAUGAAAAUUGUUCAUCUAAUGUUGGUACUUAUGAAGAAGAACCAAAUUUUACAAAUCAAUCACCACUAAUUAAUGAACCACCUAAUUAUGAACAAGAAAAAUAUAACAAUACUUUGAACAGUAGUUAUACAACUAAAGUUUAUAAUAACGAAAAUCUUUCAUCUAAUGUUGAUAAUUUUAAUGAAGAAUAUUUUAUAAGUCAAUUACCACUAACUAAUGAACCAUCUAAUUAUGAACAUGAAAAAUUUAAUGAUACUAUAAGUAACAGUUAUACAACUAAAGGUUUUAAUAAUGAACAUACUUUAUCUAAUGUUGAUAAUUUUGAAGAACAACAUUUUAUAAGUCAAUUACCACUAAUUAAUGAACCAUCUAUUUAUGAACAUGAAAAAUAUAAUGAUACUAUAAGCAGCAGUUAUACAACUAAAGGUUUUAAUAAUGAACAUACUUUAUCUAAUGUUGAUAAUUUUGAACAACAACAUUUUAUAAGUCAAUCGUCACUAAUUAAUUGUGUUACCGAUGUCACAGAAUAUAAUUAUUCAGAUAAUUGGGGUAGUGAAUAUGUAGAUCACACACAACCAUAUCAUGAAUAUUCCUGUCCACCUCCGUAUUCUGAAAUACAAACUAUUGAGCAUGACCGUGGAAGUUUUGUUGAUUAUAAUAUGUAUGAAAAUUUUGAUCCAAGUUAUGAUUUCUAUAAUGAAAAUGAUAAAACGUGGGAAUCAAUAGAUACAAUAGUUCAUCCGAUAAUAGGGGAAACAUCAACAAUGCAACAAGUGAGUUAUGAUUACAACUUUAUCAUGUUUAUUUGGAUAUUUGGAAUAAAAAUUCUCCGAGGACAAAAAAUGUGAUAAUAAAAUCCUUUACCCUUAUUUUUUUUCUGUUCAAUCAGCUUUUUAUAUUAAGCAUACUUUAAUAUUGAUAACAGCUAAGUUGGCUAUUUCAAAUAAGUUUAGGUGUAGGAAAUUUUCUUCAUUCAUAUAUACUACAUGGUGUAGUCACCAUGUGAUUCAAAAUGACAAAAUGUAUGCAUACGAAUAUUUGAAAUAAAGAAGAAUUUGUAGUACGAAAGUAUUUUGAUUUAUAAACAUUUUUAUAUUAAUAAUUUUUUUCUUCUAUUUUUACAGUUUUUUAAGGGGGGUUUUGGUAUUAACUUUUGAAACAAAUAAGAACUUAAUUUUUUUACUAACAUACUAUGAAGAUAUUUAUUAUAAAGUAUAGUACUCAUUUGAAUUUCAAAAGUUGACCCCUUAAAGGUUGUAAAAAAAAAAAAAACUAACUGAUAUACCUACUUAGCACAAUAGGCCACUGUUAUAGGUUGGGAGUUGGGAAAGAAGAGGGUAAAUUUAAUGUAUAUCUGUGUACAACGAUUAAUCAUUACUAAUAAAAAACAUAAUUCUGAGUAGUUGUACAUGUUUUGAAAUGCCGUAAUAUUAACAAUUUGAAAAUAAAACAUUUUGUAAAUUUUCCUUUUUUUCCUGGUUUUUCUCAUUUAUUAUAAAAACUCUUUGGAAAAUCCUAAAAUGACUUCCUUAAAACACCACCUUUGUCAAAUUUCCUUUUAAAAAAGGUGCUAUACUUGAAAAUCUGAGCAAAGUUUUUAGUAAAAAGUUGUUCAUAGAAAUAAAAAAAUCAAAAUCAAAAUGAACAUAAUUGUAAAACCAAUACAUUCCUUGCUCUGAUUGGAAUUUAAAAAAUAAACAAAUAAUUUUAGAUGUUUACAAAUCAAAAUACUUUUGUAUUAUAUACUUUUUUCUUAUAUUUUGAAUAUUUGUUUGGUAAAAUGACUCUAAUAUACAUUUUGAAUCAUCCUUUAAACAAAUAUAUUAACGUAUGGUUAAUACUAAGCUACAAAAUUGUUUAAAACAUAUUGUAUAAAAUUAGUUUAGUCUUUUCUCAAAUUCUCAUAUUUACUACAUAUCAUGUAUCUAUAUUAUAAUAUUGAUUAGUCUUUAAAUAGAAUCUUGAUAUAAUCUGUUUAUGUGUAAUAACUUAUAUACAUGGUUUGGACACUGAUAACUUCGGCAUAGAAUUAUUUUUAUUUGUCAAAUUUAUUUAUAGUAAAAUAAAAGUUCUAUGGAUUUUCAUUCUAGUGAAUUUUUUUCUUGGGGAGUUUUUAUUCCGAGAUUUGUUCACUGAUACAAACUAUUAAUUUAUUACUCUUAAUUAACUCAAUUGUAUUUAUAAUAAGGUUGGUGAUGUUUUUGAGAUGUCCUCCAAUGAUAUAUAUAAUACUGAAACUGAAUUUCCAAAAAAUGAAGCUGAGUUUAAUGGAAAUAUUACAACUAUUAUGCCAACUGAGGUAAUAUUGGUAUUGAAGUAUUGUAGUUAAUAAUUAUUAUUAAUAUGUAAUAUAUGAUAUUUAAAAAUUAAUGGAUAUAAAAAUCAACUUAACAAUAAAAAAAUAUUGACACUUUUUACUCAGUAAUAAAUUUCUACAUAUGAUACCAAUUAGGAUAUUUUUUUUAAGCUCGGAGUUAUACUUUAGUAUCUGAUCAACUCUUCUACUAUUUAUCAAAGGUGACAAAAAACUCAUCAAAGGGUUGACAACCUAUAUUUUGUUUUAACCAUUAAAAAGUACAAAUGUUGAACUGGAGUAUUUUUAUAAAUACAAGUGGUAUUCUAUUAAGGAGUUGCUAUACCCAUAUGUGCUGUCUCAAUGAUACACAUGACAAACUGGUCGUGGGAGCCAGUGAUUUUUCAUAUAUAUGACUAUAAUAAUAGUUACUACCUAUGCCUAGUAUUUAUUUAAUACACAUUAUUUAUUAUAUGAUACCCACAUACUGAGUGAAAAAUCUAAAUUAUUUUCGUAUAGUAAUGAUUGCAAAUUUUACUGUUUUAGGAAUCCCUUGUAUAGUUUAGAAUAUUUUGAUAUGCCAAUAUAGUUAUAUAACAUCUUUAUUGAAUGUUAACUAUUUAUAAUACAUAUUGUAAUAUUUUUCAAAUAAACAAAAUUAUAUGGAAAAUAAUAAAAUAAAGUAACGAGUUAAUUAACUUAAUAUUUUAACUUAAUUUUAAUUUUAAACUCUUAAAUGUAAAAGUAAAAUAUUCUAAUAAUAAAACCAUUAUUAGCACUUGAGUUGGUUAUAUAUGCCCUCACAGCAAAUGGCAAUUGUAAUUGAUAAUAUUAUCCGAUGCAAUUUUUAUUAUUCUCAUAAUUUAUUAUUUUAAAUUCAUAUUUUACAUUAUUUUUUACAUUCUUAUUUUUUGUCACCCUUUUCUUAGGGAUAGAAGUCGCUAACUACUUUUGGUUUUCAAAUGGCAACCUAAGUUAAAAAUUCCAUAAAUAGAUUUUGGGGGAUAGAGGGACUAGUUGUGUAUCAUUUGUAUGAUGGUUAAUAUUUUUCAAGAUUAUGAGUAUAUCUUACGCUAUGUUGAUCAGUGAUCACCUUGUAUGGAGUUUGUUGGUAAAUUACAAUUUUUUUUUUUUUUAAUUUUAGUAAUUUCGUUGUCAAUUUCUAUGAGGGGGAGGAGGAAUUAUAACAUAUUUACAUAUAAAUGUAGUUCAAAUUUACUUUUUUUUUUUAGUUGUUAAUCAAUUAAAAUGAGUUUUAAAAUUAAACCUUAUUCCUAUGGUUUUAUUUAGCUUUAUAGUUAACUAUGUUAUUUAUCAUAUUUAAGGAUGAAUCAGUUGAAGAAGAAAAUCCAGAAAGCCCAUGUUUAAAAAGUCCUAGUGGACAGUUUUUAAAAUUAUUUCAUCAACAUUUUGAUCAUUACAACCAAAAUCCUAUUAAAUACUCAUUAAGUGAACCUAUUCUUGACCACGUGGCUGAAAUAAAUACCAUUGUCCCUGAAAAAUCACCUAUUCAAGAGAAUUCUGAUUCUAAUAACAUAGAUGAUAUUCCUAUACCUUCACGUGAACGUGCUUACUCGUCUUUAAUUCAAGAUGAUAAUACAACUAUUUAUCUUACUAAUGAUAAUUAUCUAGCAUAUUGUGCUAUUGAUGAUAAAUGCAUGGUCCACAUAGCCGUACAUACAAGUAAUAUCAAUGGUAUUGAUGAUGAAGUCAGACAUUGUUUCAAUGUAUAUCAAAAUGGCAGAACAGUUGAAUACUGGUUGCAUGCAGAUUUAAUUCCUUUCGUUGUUCCUCCAUCUGAUGGUGAAUUGGGAGUAUUUACCAAUGCAGAAGAGGCGACUGUGGAAUCUGAUUCUUCCCAAGAAGAUAAUGAUGAUGAUGAUGUUAAUGAUGAUAUAAUUGAAGGUGAAUGGAAUUUGGUUGAAGCCAAAAACGACUACUGGCUGAAUAUUCAAGAAAUGUACGAAAAUGCACGUGUAUUCAAAAAAUAUGGGUAUGGUAAUAGGGUCGACCAAGCAGUUAUUCCAGAGGAGAAUUUGUCAAAUUCCUCUGAUGAUGAUUCAUAUGAAAGUGAUUGUUCUGAUUCAGAUGUUCAAACAUGUUCAAUUGAAAAUAAAAAUAUUGGUGAAAGCACUAUUUUAGAAUCGCUUAUAGUUAAAGACAGUCAAAAUAUGUCAAAUAUUGCUGUUGAUAUAAACACUGCUGGAAACGAACAAAUUAAAAAUGUUACACCAUGUACUGUUGUAUCCACGAAAACAGAACAUGAUGAGAAUGUAACAUCAACUGAUCAGUUAAUGUUAAAUAAAAAUACAAAUACAAAUGAGAACAUCGAAGAGGAGGAUUUAAAUUUAAAGAUAAAAACAGAAUACAGUGAAAAUAUUUUAAACCAGUCUAUAAAUGAAGAAGACAAUGGACAAGAAUUAGGUAAUAUUAGUUUUGGAGCAUUUAAUACUAUUAAGUUUUAACAAUAUUUAGGUUUUUAUUAUAUGUGGUCAAAAUAUAAUAUUUUAUCUAUUUUAUUAUAUAAUAUUAUAUUGUAUAUAAAUUUUGUAGAUGUACCAUCAAAUAAAGAAAUACCAGUUGAAGAACUUAUGAGGAUGAAUACCAUCGUGAAACAACAAGUAUUAAAUUAAUUAAAUUUAAUAAUAAUCCUCAUUUUGAGUUUUAAAAUAAUUUAACAAUUUUAUAUAGUUAAUUUAGUUGAAGUUCUAAUUGAAGUUUAAUCAUUGUUUAGAUAUUAGUUCAGAGUUUAAAAAUGCGCUCAAAAGAAAAUAUUCAGGUGAAAUUACCUGAUACAGAAUUGGUUCAAUACAGCGACAAUAUGGAAGUAGUUAAACAUCCAUUUUUGGGACUGUUUCAGCCACCUACUUUCAGUAUAUUAUCUAAAGUGCGGUAAGGAUUUACAAAUUAUAAUUCACAAUUAGUGGUAUAUUUUUUUUUUAAAUUAAAAUACUUCAAAGUAAAUUUCGUUUCUAAUAUUUUGCAAAUAUGGAAAAAGUUUUUAAUGAUAAAUUUUGAUUUUUAGAAAAUAAUAUACAAUAUACUCUAUUUUCAAAUUAAAGUACUUAAUUUGUAUUUGCUUAAUAUCUACAAUAAUAAAAUAAUAAGAAAUUUAGAAGAUAUAAUCUGUUAACAUUGCCCCUUAAAAUUGUAAUCAAUAAUAUCACAAUAAUUUUUGUGUCAAUACAUAUAUAUUGUGAUUUGUUUCAUGUUUCUAGUAUUAUUAUAUUUUAAAUACUUUUUUUUUUUAUGUGUCUUCUUUAAAUAUGGAAAAGUAAUACUUUUGAUGAUAUGUUUAAGAUAAAUUGAUUAAUAUAUAUAUUAAAAAUUGAGCUGAUAUCAAUCUCAAAUUUAUUCAAAUUAAUUGGUAAAAAAUUAUUUUUGGAAUAGGUACUUAGAACUUUUUACUAUCCUAAGUGUUUAUUCAAGUUUAUUCAGUACCUUUAUUUAAAUUUUAAGUUUAACAAAUUUAAUAUUGAACAUAAACUGGUCUUUACUUUCUUAUUUUUGUGUUUCACAGUUUUCUAUAAUCCAUAGAAGUAUUAGGGUUUGCAUUUUUUACUAAUAUGAAAUAUAUUUCAUAUUUUUUAUGUAUUCAAAAAAACCUAAAUGUGAUAUGAAUAUCCAGGUUACAUAGGUAAUAAAUGUACUAGUAUAUUAUUUGAAUAUCAUAGUAACUAUAAAAUUAAAUUCUAUUAAUUAAACCACUAAUACAAAUUAUUUUAUGUGAUAUUUCAAGUCAAUAAAUUAAUUGAUGGAACAGUAAUUUCAGCAAAUUUUUUUAUUUUGAAUCAUAAUCAGAAUUUUUAACAAUAUCAUUAAUAACUUAAAUGCUAAAUGAAUAACAAUCAUAGACACUAGAAUAAUCAAAUGUUAAUGCCUCAUGGUAAUAAAGAAUAUAUUAAUAUAUUAUAUUAUAUACUGUGAUUAAGGUAACAAUUUUUUAAUGAACAAAUCGCAGAUAAAAUAAAUUCCACUAUCUUAUUUUUUUUAAAAGAAUAUAUUUCUUGCAACAAUUAUUUAAAAUAAAUUUUAAAAAUUAUAAAUAAAUUUUAAAAAUUAUAAAUAAAUUAGAAUAACAAGCUUUACAUUCUGAUUUUCUUAUGAUAUUGAUUUAAUUAAAAUUAAUUAUCUGUGCAUCUUAUAACUAUUGUGCCUUAGGAAUGGUGACGAAAAGGAUGUUUCCAAAUUGUCUAAACAUGUGACUUUUGCUGACGGGAUUCACCCUGGCAACAUUCAAGCCACAUCUCCAACACACGAUAAAGCCAGCCGUUCAAUGUCUCCGCCCCCUUUAAAGAAAUUGAUGCGAGAAACACUGAAAUUAAAACAUAGCAUGUACCCAUUAAAUAGGUCAAAAAUUCGUGUCAAAUUAAAUAUGUUAAAAAAGAAAGUAGCAAAAGUUCUUCCUGUAGUUAAGGAUCCUACAUCAUCAUCAGUUAUUGAAUAUUAUAUCAGACGAAGACGUCUCUCAGAUUUGCCUAUUGCUGGAACAUUCAGUCAUACAGUAGAGACUGAUAAUUCACGAAGAAGUCAUAACACUUAUGUUAGAAGUAGAAAUCGUCAUAGAAGUAUACUCAGACAACAUAGGGCUACUAGAGAAGUAACUCCUGUACCGUCCGAACACGAUAGUUGGAGUGACAAUGUAAUAUGAAAAAAAAAUAAUAUUAAAGUUAAGGAUAAAAAUUGAGUAGGUGUUAUAUUUGUAAGAAAUAAUUUUAAAAUGAUCAUCCAAAUGUGUAUAACAUUAAGUUUAUAUAUUAUGUAUAUGUAUGUAUUUUUAUGCAGAUAUAUUAUACAAUAUACUAUUAAUGUUUUUUUUGACUUCAAAUUUUACUUUUACCCAGAACAAAUUUAUCUAUUUUUAUCACUCAAUUCUGAUAAAAUAAAUUUGUAUAAAUUAUUAAGUUUUUACUGUAGUGUUUAAUUAUAAAAUUAUUGUAUUGGGAGAGAGAUGGCCAUAACAACAACGUGCCACAAUAGGUGUAUAGUUAUAAAAUUUAUUUUUAAAACUAAACAAUUGUUAAAUUAAAAUUUCUGGUAUUCUAUAUGUUUAAGACUUGGUAAUGAAAAAUAUUGAAGUUAUACUUUUUUCAUUUAUGCACAUACUAAAAAUAUUUUUGUUUGUUUUGUGAAUUAUAAACAUUUAAUUCAAAUACAUAAUUUAUUUCUAUGAUAUAUUUCGUGAAUUUAAAAAAAAAAAACAUCUGAAACAAAAAUAGUUUAUUUGUAUUGCAUUAGUUAGUGAACACCAAGUACAAAAAUACAAAUUUUUUAAGUGAUAAACAAAAAAAUUAUAUACAUUUUGUAACACCUAGUUGUCCAUAGCAAAUAACCUCUAAUAUUGGAAUAAAUAUUUUAAAAAGCAAACUAAUUGUACCGUGGUACUUGAAUGUAGUUUUUUUUAUUAAUCUAAAAUUAAAUUAAAUUAAGUUAUAUUGCUAUGGAGAAUAAAAUUUUUCCUAAAGUAGUACUUAAAUACAUUGUAUUAUAUUAUUAUGUUAAUUAUUUCUAACACAAUAAAACUUAUAUUGAAAAUAAUGUGAUCGUAACUUUAUUCCAAAAUUUCAUGUAUUUACAUGUUUUUACCGAGUUUGUACCACCAAAUUGCUAUAAGCUUGAAUGACAUCCUCCAACUAGUUCAAAAGUGAC